AUGACGUGGCUUUUGGGUACUUUUAUAAAAGGAUUUAAGAGAGAUUUAGAAGUUGAAGAUUUAUAUGAAGCAUUAAAAGAACAUCGCUCCGAUUAUUUAGGAGAUAAAUUUGAAAAAACAUGGGAAAAAGAAGUAUUAAAAGCAAAAAAAAAACAUCGUACACCAAGUUUUCUUUGCGUUAUAGUUAAAGUUUUUUUCUUGAAAAAUUUAUUGUAUUCUGCAAUUCUGGCUGUGUCAGAAGUUGGGAUUCGUUUGAUUCAACCGUUUUUUAUUGGUUUGUUAGUUCAGUUCUUCAGUAUUUCUAAUCAAUAUCUUCCACUACCUGGCGAAAACGACCCAACAUAUAUGGGACGCUACAUAGAAAUUCUUACAAAACCGAGAUCUCAAAUUCAAAAAGCUGAAGCAUUAUUUUAUGCUAGCGGCAUUGUGUUCAUAUCAUUGGUUAACGUCUUUGUUUCGCAUCCUUACAUGCAGGCCAUUCUUCAUCAAAGUAUGAAAAUCAGGGUUGCUUGCUGCUCUUUAGUAUACCGUAAGGCUUUAAAAUUGAGUAGAACCGCACUUGGGGAAACUACAGUCGGACAAGUUGUCAAUUUGCUUAGUAACGACGUAAAUCGUUUCGAUGUCGCAUUAAUAUUUCUUCAUUAUUUAUGGAUCGGCCCUGUUGAAACGGUUAUCGUUACUUAUUUCAUGUAUGAAGUUUUCGGAUGGCCAACAUUUUUGGGUGUUGCAUUUUUAUUAAUGCACAUACCCGUUCAAGGUUUUUUGGGUAAGAAAAUGUCUACGUACAGACUUCGAACUGCUUUGAGGACGGACGAAAGGGUUCGUUUAAUGAACGAAAUUAUAUGUGGAAUACAGGUUAUUAAAAUGUACACUUGGGAAAUGCCAUUUGCUAAAAUGGUUGCUAAAACUAGAGAAAAAGAAGUAAAUGAAAUAAAGGGCGCAGCUUAUGGUAGAGGAAUUUUACUUUCUUUUAUAAUAUUUUCAACAAGAUUUUCGCUUUUUCUUACCGUCGUUAUGUAUGCAUUAAGUGGUGAUAAUGUGAUAUCAGCAGAAAAAGUUUUUGUUUUGGCUUCGUUUUACAAUAUUUUAAGGCAGACCAUGACUGUUUUUCUUCCAGUUGGAAUAGCUCAGUUAGCUGAGGCAUUUAUAUCUGUUAAACGUAUACAGAACUUUAUGAUGUACGACGAAAAUGUUCAGACAAUCCGAUUUACCAAAGAAGACAAUUUAAUUAACGGUUUAAGCACAAAAACGUUGCCGACUGAAAUAAAAUUUGAAAAUUUCACUUGUAAAUGGUCAAGCGAGCAAAAUGAGCCAACUUUAAACAACAUUAAUUUUACGGUCCCUCCGAAAAAAUUAUUAGCCGUCAUAGGACCGAUCGGAUCCGGAAAGUCAUCCUUUUUACAAGCAAUCUUAAAAGAAUUACCGCCCUUGUCGGGAAAUUUAACCGUCAAUGGUGUGGUAUCAUACGCUUCUCAAGAGCCAUGGUUAUUUGUUGGAUCCGUUAGACAAAAUAUACUUUUUGGAGCCGAAUACAACAGGCAUAGAUAUCAAAAAGUUAUUCAAGUUUGUGCCUUGAAAAGAGAUUUUGAAAUUUUACCGUAUGGAGACAAGACGUUUAUUGGAGAAAGAGGAGUUUCUUUGUCUGGUGGACAAAGAGCUCGAAUUAAUCUUGCCAGAGCCGUUUAUAGAGAAGCGGAUAUUUAUUUGCUAGACGAUCCUUUAUCCGCGGUGGACGCUCACGUUGGAAAACAUUUAAUGGAAGAUUGUAUAGUGGGAUUUUUAAAAAAUAAAACCGUCAUUUUAGCCACACAUCAAUUACAGUAUUUAAAUAUGGUUGACAAUAUUAUUAUCUUUGAUAAUGGUAAAAUAGCCGCAGAAGGAACUUAUCAGGAAUUACAAAAAUCUGGAGUAGAUUUUGCAGAAAUGUUACACCAAACGGAAAAAAAAGAAGAAAAAAUGCCCAUUCAAGAAUCCAUUUCAUCUAUUUCUACAAGAAAAAGUUCGAUUUCGAGUACUGUAACCGUCGCUUCGGAUGAUGGAAAAGAAGAUCCUUCAAAUAUGGCCGAACAAAAAAGUCAGGGCGCCAUUGGUUUUAAAAUAUACUUUAGUUACUUUGCAGCUUGUCGAAAUUGGGCUCUUGUUUUUCUAAUGGCAUUUUUAUUUAUUGUGACUCAAAUGUUUGCUAGUUUAAGCGAUUAUUGGUGCAGCAAAUGGCAAGUUACAUUUCAUGAGGCUCACGAUGAGGAAAUUAACCGGAAUAAAACGAUUGAGGAAAUCGAGCGGUCCAGAUAUGAAAAUAUUUACAUAUUUUCCGGUACAAACGUAUUUACAAUCGUAGUAUCCAUAAUACGUUCCUACAUGUUUUUUUACGUUUGUAUGUUGGCAUCGAAAAAUUUACACAACGACAUGUUUUCUAAUAUAAUUUGUGCUCCGAUGCGAUUUUUUUACACAAAUCCAUCUGGUAGAAUUCUUAAUAGGUUUUCAAAAGAUAUGGGAUCCGUGGAUGAAAUGUUACCCAGCACAAUGAUCGAUUGUUUCCAGAUUUUCUUAUCUUUAUUUGGAAUAGUAAUUGUUGUUGCGACCGUGUCUCCGAUGCUUUUAAUACCCACAUGUAUUAUUGGAGUUUUAUUUUAUUUUAUUAGAAUAUUUUACAUAAAAACUUCAAGAUCUGUCAAACGAUUGGAGGGAGUUACUAGAAGUCCGGUUUUUUCACAUCUAACCGCCAGCCUUCAGGGAUUGUCCACAAUAAGAGCAUUUAGAGCUCAAGAAAUUUUGAUUAAAGAAUUUGAUUCUCAUCAAGAUCUUCAUUCAACAGCAUGGUAUAUUUUUAUAUCCUCAUCGAGAGCUUUUGGUUUUUGGUUGGAUGUUUUAUGUGUUGUUUACAUAGCGUUAGUCACGUUCAGUUUUUUAAUUUGGGAAAUUUGUAAGNNNNUUAGCGUCGGUCAACGGCAAUUACUUUGUCUUGCACGUGCUAUUAUUAGAAAUAAUAAAAUUCUUAUUAUGGACGAAGCAACGGCAAAUGUUGAUCCUCAAACCGAUAAGCUCAUUCAAAGGACUAUAAGAAAUAAAUUCAAGGAAUGUACGGUAUUGACUAUAGCUCAUAGGUUAAAUACGGUUAUGGAUUCGGAUCGAAUUCUUGUCGUGGAUGCUGGAAACAUUGUCGAAUUCGAUCAUCCACACAUUCUUUUAAACAAACCCGAAGGUUAUCUUAGAGGAAUGGUUUUACAAACGGGACCGGAAACCACUCAAAUGCUUAGUAAAAUAGCUAAAAAAAGUUACAAAAUUAAAUUAAAGAGAGAAAAAGCUUUAAAAAUAUUGGAAGAAACAGAAAACUAUGAUGCUGUUUCAUCAGAUUCAUUGUCAGAUUUUGAACCUUCUUCUCCUCCUCCUCCUCCUCCUUCUUCUUCUUCCCCUGAAAAAGAAAAAGAUAAUAAUGUUUAA